AUGAACUGGAGAACAUACUUUUAUAAUGGUACUAAAAUUCAUGAAUAUGAAAACCAUGGCAAGUUCUCUAUUAGCAAAUGUUAUAAAGCUCUUAGAGAACCAAUUGCUCAGGUUAGAUUGAAGAGGCUGCUCUGCAACAACAAAGCUUCUCCAAAAAGCUUAUUUAUUACUUGGUUGGAUGUGCUUAACAAACUUGCUACCAAAACUAGGCUAGCCCAAUGGAACCUGAUCAGUGAUACCACAUGUGUUUUGUGCAAUGAUGCAGAAGAAGAUAUCCAGCAUUUAUUUUUUAACUGCCCCUUCUUAUCUGAUAUCUGGAUGCAGUGUCUGAAUCUCCUUGGCAUUUCAAGAAGACCUAUGGCUUUCUUAGAUGAAAUUUCUAUAGCAGCAAGCAAGUGCAGGAGGAAGAGCAAUAGGAAUCAGUUGUAUGGCAUGCUGUUUGCAGAAGCAAUUUAUAAUAUUUGGCUUCAAAGGAAUCAUCAAGUGUUUGAAGGCAAUCACAAGCUUCCUGAUCAGACAGUGGAUCUAAUUUUAUUCAAUGUAGCUUGUAGAAUUCCUGAUUCCAUGAAAAAACAACUGUGUAGAUAA